ACUUCUCGGCGAUUUUUACGAUCUAACUUCGAGAUAAAACCCCUAUCCAUUUGACAUCUAAAUGUCAUAGCGACUUUUGGGAUAGUUUGCUAUGGACAAAGGGGGACAAAGUCAAGGGGUGAGGGGGAAGGAGGGCCCAGUAGAGCCUCUACGACCCUUGGCUGCCUCCUCACCAGUUCCCCCUCCCCCCCCAAGUCCUGUAAGAAGUUGGGCCAAGCUGGAAGGGAUUGACCGGCCGCCGCCUCCUCGCCCUCGCGGGCCUCUGCGGACAUUCCAGGCCCUCCAGAGACCAGAACGUCCCUCGGCACCACCUCCCCUUGUGCCAAUGCCGCCGGGAAACCGCCGAUACCCAUGCCGGAUAAUAUUGUCCCAACCUGAGAGCCGUCGCUUCCCCUUCUCUGACUUGGGAGAGAGGGUGUUUCGCUUUUCUGACAUUUGCAUAGAAAAUGGAGUAAGUUCUGGCUUUGAAAAAUGGUAUCAGGCUGCAGUCCUGGGCAGAUUGUCCAUUUACCCUCCAUGA